UUCCGUUGGAAUUGGAGCCACGCUUCUUCCGAAAAGAAUUCAAAAAGGAUAAUCAGUUAAACUACCUAAAUACCCUCACCUUUUGCUGAAUAGACAAAACGCUCAGAGGAGAAUCUUGCGGUGAGAGCUGGACAUUAUCGGCAUGGAAGGGGAUGUGCGUGUCAAUAUUUAGAAAGAUAAGCCCCUCGCUGGCAAACCGGCUUCUGUUCAGUGUUCAGUCCUCACUCACUGAGUUUUAUGUAGUUCUUCCCCGGAGCGAUAAAUUGAUAUAAUAGCAUCCGAUUUCUGGCGUUCAGGCAGCGUCUCUGGAGGAGAAGAAGCGGGCGGAUAGGUCUGCGGCGGAGCAACCAGGUAAGCAUAGAUCUUGAGGAGGUAAUGUCAACGAUGAUGCUGAAGAAGCCCUCUUACUCAUGGUGGUGGGAGAGCCACAACAGCCCAAGGCAGUCUGGAUGGCUUCAGUCUGCACUUUCAGAACUGGACGACAAGACGAAAACAAUGCUGAAGCUGAUAGAAGAGGACGCCGAUUCGUUUGCACAGAGAGCAGAGAUGUACUACAGGAAAAGACCAGAGCUUGUGGGCAUGGUUGAGGACUUUUACCGCUCCUACCGCUCGCUGGCCGAGCGCUAUGACCAACUGAAAUCCGAUAUGGUUAACAGGGCAUUUGUGCAUUCUGGUUGGUCACUUCCUCUGAAGAACAGCAGCGGCACAGACAAGUCCUCAGAACAAUGCGAGUCUUUCGAUUUAGAAGAUUCUGAGGUGGAUGACCCCGAACCAGAGGAAGAAGAUGCAGAAAAUAACUGCUACAGAAACCAUGAAGAUUGUCAAGAAGUAAUACAGCAAGGAAUUCAAAGCACAGACGAUUAUGGUGGCAGAAUUGAGAAUCAGAUUGAGCUGAUGAAAUUGAGAGACGAGGUUGCCAGACUCAGGGAGGAAAACAGGAACCAGAAGGUCGAGAUUGCAGAGAUGAGUGAAAGGAAGAGGGAAGUGAUCAGGCAACUUUGCAUGUCGAUUGAGAUCAUGAAGGAGGAGAAUGCGGCACUGAGAAAAUGUACGAAAGAAUCAAAGAAGUGGGGGGUUUUGGAACUCCCAAAAUUUAAGUGGGCUGUUCCUGGGAAUUUCUUUAGUGGGAUCUUUGUUUCUCAUACUAAUCUUGUAGCUCUGUAAUUGGUGACUGCUUUUGAAGAUACGAAACUGUGUGGCUUUCAGAUUAGUCAGAAACCAAACCAGUGACCUCAUACCGGUAGAAUGUUAUAUUCAGAGUGUGUAUGCACUAGUGAUUGACCUAUUCUUUGAAUAAUUCAUGUACAUCUGUAUUGUAUUUCUUUGUAGUUCCAUUUAAUAAUCUUUGUCCUUUGCUUGAGCAGAAAAAAAUGUGAUUUACUUCUCCA